UGUGUUUAGACUAGCCUAAUUCUGUGCGCUCGCGCCCGUGUUUUUUAAGGGUCCGGGUCAAGGAAGGCUGAGAAAAAAGGGCUAGGAUUUGGAAGGACGGUAAAGCAUACUCUCACGUGACUUUUCUCCCCUCAAAAUCCCUUUGUUGUAGCUGUUGCAGCUGCAGCUGUUGUACAUCGGUCGUAUUUUCUUUUAUCACAGUACUUGACAUUACCUUCAGUUUACAAAUAAGAACACAUCUCAAGAGUGCAGUUGAUAAUUGAGAGAGAGUGUGUGUGUGUGUGUGUGUGUGUGUGUGUGAGAGAGAUUCAAGUACUAAGUUGUUUUGAAAUAAGCGGUCGCCAGGGUCUUCGAUCUGGGGCGUCAGAUAAGUCAUAAAAAGACCCGGAGUGCGUUGUAAGGACGGCGAGGAUGCUGGCUGCUGCCUCGGUUGUCAUCUUGGCUAAUAUAGACAGCCACCUGGCUUCUACAAGAUAUACGCAUUUGGAGUAAAGAGAUUUCAGAAGAUUUCUAGAUUUCUAGCACUGAUUUUACGAACAAUCUCAGUGCGUUUUCAAGUCGUUGUCAUAGUGCGUUCUCUAACAUACAUGCGCCCCUGGCUAUACCGUGCUCAUUCAUUCAGCAGUUUUUUCUCUGUAGCAUUGAGUGAAAGGUUUCAAACUGAAUUAACAUUCUGAAACAUUUUGCGACGGUAACCUUAAUUGGGCAUCGUCUCCAUCCUUUUCAUCAUGUUCGGAACCUUGUGCCAUAGAAGGUUGCAUGGACCUUUGGCUGGCUUUUACCUAGCUUUCCUCUGCUUCGUGGCUAUCGCUACCCUGCCUGGAACACUAGCAUCUUACCCUCAAAGUGGCGAAUGCAAAGGCAAAGGCAAAGACUGCACAGACCUGUCAGAGAAGAAGAGUGACCUGCGUGUGUGUGAUGACUCGACCUGCCGGUUUGGGGGUGUCUGUAGGGAUGAUGGUGCCCAGCUGAAGUGUGUGUGCCAGUUCCAGUGUCACAAAAGCUACAUCCCUGUGUGUGGCUCCAAUGGAGACACCUACCAGAAUGAAUGUUACAGGAGACAGGCUGCUUGCAAACAGCAGAGGCUCAUCUCACGAGUGUCUGAUGGACCCUGCUCUGCUGACACAGGCUCUGGCUCUGGCGAUGGAGAAUAUGAGGGCUCAGGCACUGAUGUUGGGAAAAAGUUCACCAAGUGCGCCACGUGCAAAUAUGGAGCCGAAUGUGACGAGGACUCUGAGGAUGUCUGGUGCAUAUGUAACAUUGACUGCAGCGGACACAAUGAGAAUCCAGUCUGUGCCACAGACGGGAACUCCUACAACAACCCCUGUCUGGUCCGUGAGGCCUCGUGUAUGAAGCAGGAGCAGAUUGACGUCAAACACCUGGGGAGAUGUCCAGAUAAAGAGAAAAUAGGGAAGAGUGAUGAUGGAGUCCCGAAGAUUGAUCGUUCAUUCAAGCCGGAUCAUAUAGACAAGUCAGACCCAGGGGACGGCUUCUACGCUGGGAGGCCCAUCCCCUGUACGGAGAGCUUCGCUGGCUUCUGUGUGCAUGGGACCUGUGAGAUCCAGUACAACACAGCCACCUGCAGAUGUGACUCUGGAUACAAGGGCGUCCAAUGUGAAGAGCCCCAGGAUUUCAACAUCCUGUACGUAGUGCCGAGCGGACAGAAGCUCCACUACGUCCUCAUCGCCGCCAUCAUCGGAGCCGUGCAGAUCGCCAUCAUUGUUGCCGUGGUGAUGUGCAUUACGAGGAAAUGCCCGAAAAACAACAGGGGCCGUCGACAAAAACAAAACAUUGGACAUUUCUCAUCAGACACUAAUUCCAGGAUGGUAUAGCUCAUGUUUUUUAUAUAUUUUUCUUACAGUGUGGAAUACCAUUUUUAUGUAAAAUGUGUCAUUUUAUUAAUUAUUUUUUCCUGGAUAACAAAAAAGAAGAAAGAGGAUAUUUUUUCAGGGGCCUUACUUUUCAUUUUCUCUGAUGGAUGUGCACUGUAGCUUAUCUUGUUGCACUGUUGUGACAGGCCGGUACAGCAGCCUACCGGUACGAGGAAACUGGUGACAAGACUGCUUGGUUCUUUACCUUCAAAAUGUCAUAUUUUCCCUUCUUUUUAUUACUCUUUUUUUAAUUACUUUUGAAUUAACUUUUUUUUCUUCAGAAUAUGGUUCCAUUCACAAAUACACAAACGUAUGAUUACAUGGAAACGUCUGCCUCUUUGGAAUGUGAUAUUUAUUUAAAUCAAUUCUUUCUGAGCCCCUCCUUCUCUCCAUUGUUCUCUUUUUAUCUCUUUUUACAAAUGAUGUGCAGCUGAUCACCAAAUGCCGUUUUUAUUUCAUGAGUGAGGGGUCAGCCAGCCAGAUGGAUGUUUACAAGUAUUCUAUGAUAUGUAAUUAAAUUUUAAAGAAUACACUGUGUUUAACAAGCUAAUAAUAUAUAAUUUUGUUUUUUACUUAAUGCUUAUGUUCUUUUUUUAUCAUUAAUAUUUAGAAGAUUCUUUUUCUAAUUCCAGUUACUGUAAUUCGCAUGACUUGUGAAACUGUGUUCCGUGAUGUAGAUUUAACUUAAAGCUGACAGUCCUAAAGCCUCCAUCCUGAAGCCACCGAUCCGAUUGUUCCAGCACAUUAUAGUUGUCUUCCCAUGUAGAUAUGGGUCUAUUUCGGUUUGUCGGUAGCAGAGAUGUGAAGAGUAUUGGACAAUUUGCCAGUGAGAAAAAUGGAAUGUGUAAUGCUUAAAAUGAGUCUCCUGUCUCUUCAAACCCCAGUUGUAGACAUCAUUUCAUGUUAACUUCAAAGUACCUUACUGCUCAAGUUUUACUGGUGAGACACGGUGAGACAUGACAAUGGAUUGUAAAGUGACAAGGCAGCAUUUUACAUGUCUUGGUAUUUUAUCUUCUUAUCACAGAAUUGUAAUGGAGGAUAUGUUGGCUUGGAUGGAGCAAUGUUAGUUCAUGUAAAGGAAUUGAAGGACUGCACAUUGAGGUACAUCAUCCCUUUAUGGUAGAUUUUAUGUUGUAAAAGACCUUGUAGGUUGCUGGAUAAUGGAUGCAAGCAAGGCUUUUCUCUGAAUGUGAGGACACGUGAGUUUUAUUGUCACAGUUUUUAAUUCCCCCUCUGAAAAUGUAUUCCGAAACAGAUCAAAUGUAACAUUCAGAACACAGGGGGAUUU